AGCGGUCACACUCGGGCAGCAACAAUUUUUUGUUUCGCAUUUUGUUUGUGAAAAUUUAAAACACGACUGCAUUGGCAACAGCGCAACUUUUCCCGCUGCUGACAAGAUCACGCAAGUUCUAACAUGUCGCAACAACGCGCCACGGACCAGAAUGCAGCCAGCUGCAGCAACAACGGCGAGGUGAUUACGCUGGACGACGACGACGAGGAUGAGGAUGUUCAAUUUGUGGGAUUCGUGCGUCCCACCACCACCGUCAUCGAUCUCUGCCUGUCGCCCUCGACUUCCGCGGCGGCGGCUGCUGCCCGUUCUGGAAGCGGAGCUGGAGAUGGGCCUGCAACAGGAUCCGGAUCAGGAGCUACUGCAACGGCUUCCGAUCCCAAUUCCCCUUCCUCAUCGCCCGGAGAUGCUGCAAAAGCCACCAGCGUAGAUGCGGCCAAUACUGGUGCGGAUUCCCCUUCCGCAGCGGCUGCUGCCUUGGAGUGUCCCAUCUGCUUACAAACCUGCAUCCAUCCAGCUCGUCUCCCCUGUGGCCACAUCUUUUGCUUCUUGUGCGUUAAGGGCGUUGCCUACAAAAACCGGAGGUGUGCUAUGUGCCGCCGCGAGAUUCCCGCCGAGUUUCUGGACCAUCCGCAGCUGGUGAAUGGCAUUGAAGACAUUUGCACAACUCGCGCAACUGAAGAUGGCUACCAGUGGUACUACGAGGGCAGAAAUGGUGGCUGGUGGGCGUACGAUUCUCGGACCAAUGAAGAAAUUGAGAUCGCCUAUGCGGGAUAUGAAGCACACAAGACGGGGAAGCCCAUCGCUUCAGGAACUGAAGCGUUACAGGCUGCCAUUAAUCCACCAGUAAAUCCAGAGUCCUUUACUUUAUCGGCUGACAAUACUAUUGGUGAAGGAGGUGAUAAGUUGGGGCCACCAUUUGUUGAACAAUUAAAUCGGGACCCACCAGUACCUCAAACUCUCCCACCCCCCGAACCUGCCGUUAAUCCACUAGAUAACCCGAACUUAUCCGAAAAUGAAACUACUGAUGAAGAUGAUGAUAUGUUAGAAUCUAAUUCUGAUGCAAUAUUCGAUAUUACUGAUGAAGAUGAUGAUAUGUUGGAUCCACACUCUCCAACGUCAAUCGAAAGCUUGACUUCUGAUGAAGAUGAUGGUGUUUUGGAUCCAUUCGUUAAUCCACUAUUCAAUCGGAACUCUGCAAGCCCAAUCGAUUACGAUAGUGACGAUUCUGUAGUAUCCGCUGGAGAAACUUUUAGGUCAUCGGACUACGAAGAUGAUGAUGACAUGAAUUCACAGGGUUGGCCAAGCUCAGAUUCUGAGGAUCUGGACGAAAUUGAACCGCAUCCAGGCAGGCUGUUAGUACAGAUCUGCGGGGUUAUGUAUGCCAUCGACUUUAUGCGAAUGAAGCAGUAUCCCCGCUCGAGCCCCGAAAAGCGUCGAACUAUCGUGCGAUGCAAGACAACCGAUGCCGUUCCUAUUGGAGUAAAAGGCGUCGCCGGGCUUAGCAAGUACCAAAAAUACAACUAAACUUCGAUAAUAUCACCCACCCCAAUCAUAGUCCAAAAACAUUUGCACUUCCACUUCCAUGACUUAAUUACAUUAAAAAACAAACUGUGAUUUAAAGGCCAAACUAGCAAAACAGAUAAGAUCCCAUCUCAUUCCAAGUAUUUUUGUUGUAAAAACGUGUAACUUCAGGUUGGUGGCAAUAUGAUGACCGCACAAGUCAGGAUAUCGAAGAUGCCUUCAAGAAAGGCGACAAAUCCUGCACAAUUCUGGUGGCAGGCUACGU